UUGCUAACUCGGCCAUUCUGGAUGUCACUAACUCUGCUUCUUCUCCGGAGCCUUUGUGCUCCACUGUCUCUCAGAUUAACUCAUAUCGCAGCGGUGCCUGGACAGCGUGACGUGUGUGGUUGUGCUGCUGCCGGGGUCCUGCCAGAUGCUGCUGCUGCCAUCAUUAGUCAUUAGUCAUACUUCUACUGUUAUUAUACACAUAUGACUAUUGUCACACCUGUAUACUGCCAGAUAUUAAUACAUACUUUCAACAUAUUGUACCACAGUAGCCAGAACUAUAACUAUAAUAUUAUUACUUUCAAUAAUGUUGUUGUAAGCUACUGUCAUUACCUGCAUCUCUCUCUCUCUCUCUCUCUCUCUCUCUCUCUCUCUCUCUCUCUCUUUCUCUGUCUCAUUGUGUCAUGUGGAUUACUGUUAAUUUGUUAUGCUGAUCUGUUCUGUACGACAUCUAUUGCACGUCUGUCCGUCCUGGAAGAGGGAUCCCUCCUCAGUUGCUCUUCCUGAGGUUUCUACCGUUUUUUUCCCCCGUUAAAGGUUUUUUUGGGGGGAGUUUUUCCUUAUCCGCUGCGAGGGUCAUAAGGACAGAGGGAUGUCGUAUGCUGUAAAGCCCUGUGAGGCAAAUUGUGAUUUGUGAUAUUGGGCUUUAUAAAUAAAAUUGAAUUGAAAUUGAAUUGAAUUAAACGUGUGCUCAUCCGUGAAGAAAAUAUUUUUUCCAGCGGAUGUCUUAGUUACAACAUGAUUUAGCUAACUGGAGUAGUUUCAUGUCGUAUCUGACAACGGGAGGCUUUUAACAGAUGACGUCCUGAUGUUAGCUUUGCAGCUGCUGUUAGCUGUCCCUGUCAGCUGCAGCCACUGAUGCUUUCUAGACAUCGUGAUUUCCCAAAACUGAAUAAAUACCACACAUAGCAACACAAAACUACUUUGCUAGCUCAAUCAUGUUGUAACUAAGAUAUCAGCUGGAAAAAAUAUUUUUUUCACAGACCGUUUAUUGAGUUAUUACCUAUUACAGACACCGCUAACGGCUAAGAAAUAGUAGUGUUUGUUCAAUCAUUGUGUUUAUAGACUUUACAAACACCAGAUUAGUCUAAACGGUGAUACAGUGAUGUGAACAAUAUGUUUACAUAUAUAGCUAAAAGCUCUGCUGGUUUUCUACCCGGAAGUAUUUGUAAACAACAAGGCGAUUCCCUCUAACGUUAUAGUCCGGUCGGACGGAUGAGUCAUGGCCUUGUAAAAGAUUAUGUUUGUUUCUUUUAGUUGGCGAGAAUGUGUCACCGCAAACGCCACAAACAUCCACUAACUCGCAGAAAACGGCGUUUUCUGCGAGUGCGGCUGAGCCAUUUUGUACCGCUACACGUGUUUCUAGUCGGACUAUAUUUACGAGCACAAGAGUUCAGCGAGCCACCAAAGGACCGGCCUGCGGAUUUACUAUUGGUUAUGCAACGUAGGGAGUUUUUUUAAACUCUGAAAUUGUAUCCGCCCAUUUAAACACAAAAUCAGGGAGAAAGUCAUCAGUCUUCAGUUAAGCAAAGCGUCUAAAGACUGACUUAAACAACAGAACUUGAGAGGCCAUGGAGGACUAUAAACUGGGAAUCUCAGAACAAGAAGGAGCUGAUGGAGAGUAUUAAAAUGUACAAACCCACAGUCAGCUCUGUGUCCCAGGUUCGGGUUCUGCUCAUCGGACCAGUUGGAGCUGGAAAGUCCAGUUUCUUCAAUUCUAUCAACUCUGUAUUCAGAGGCCACGUCACCAGUCAGGCCAUCGCUGGCUCCUCUACCACCAGCCUCACAACACAGUUUCGCACCUUCUCAGUGAAAGCUGGGCGAGAUGGGAAACCUCUGCCAAUCAUCUUGUGUGAUACCAUGGGACUGGAGGAAAGCAGAGCAGCGGGGCUUGAGAUCGAUGACAUCAGCAGCAUCCUUAAAGGUCAUCUGCCAGACCGUUAUCAGUUCAACCCCUCUGCUCCUCUGAAUUCGGAGGCCCACGGCUAUUGUAAGUCUCCAAGACUCAAGGACAAGAUCCACUGUGUGGUCUAUGUUGUUGAUGCCUGCAAGGUCUCAAUCAUGCCCACAAAAGUGGAGGAGAAGCUGGAUGCUGUCCGCAGAAAGGUCAACUUAAUGGGAAUUCCUCAGCUGGUCCUGCUCACUAAAGUAGAUGAAGCCUGCCCUUUGGUGAAAGAGGACAUGAAAAACAUUUACAAGAGUGGCUACAUCAAGGAAAUAAUGCAGGAGGUCAGCGCUCUGCUCGGUGUGCCGGUGUCCUGUGUUGUGCCAGUGAAGAACUACUUCGAGGAGCUGGAGUUGGACCUGAGCUGCGACAUCCUGCUGCUCAGCGCUGUCAUGCAGAUGCUUCGCUUCGCAGACAAUUACUUUGAUGAGAUCAGUGACCAACUCAGCAACACCGAAGUCAAAGAAUAGGAAGUACCUGUGCAGCAGAUGUUUAUAUCUUGUCCAACUGUGAUGAAAUGUCCAUCACAAUAAUCCAUCCAUUUACCUGCAGGUGAUGCUGCAUUGUAGAGUUCACUGUUGCACUUCCUCCCCUGAGUUCUCCAAGCACCCCUUGGAAUGCUGGGCGAUGUAGUGCCUCCAGAAUAACCUCAUUUUGUUUGUGUCCCUCAGCUGUGAAAUGUUCAAUUUCCUUUCUGAUCUGGCUGUAAAUUUUUUAAACUAUUAUAAAAUUGUUACAUUAUUUAUAUUCUAAAUGAUUAUUUUUACAUUAGAGGUUCAAAUACUGUAAUUUAUUUGAUAUAACUCACAUAUUUAAAAGUUAUUAUCACAGUGUCGGCUGAUUUACUGAGACAUUUCAUCACAAGUUUGACAAGCAAAGACAUUAUCAGAUAUUACUGCAAGUAUUAAAAUAUAUUAUUUUCUGCAUGAUGACAUUAUUCACCUUUGCUUCAUUAUCUUUGUGUCAUGUUAUUGAAGUUGAAGUCACAGUCAGCAGGUUCAGAGCAGUUUAUCAGAGCUCAUCUGCAUUGCUUCCUUAAGUCUGAUUUGUGUUCAGCUGCUAGGUGCACACAUGGUGCUGUGCAAUGCAGUGAAAAAAUAAAUAAAUAAAAUUGUCAGUCAUGGAUGAUUGAAAUGGA